GUCUCAAUAUGUCUCAAGAUGGCGGCCAAUGCAGGAUCGAUGUUUCAAUAUUGGAAGCGCUUUGACUUACAACAACUACAGAAAGAACUAGACGCCACCGCCACACAGCUUGCCAACAGACAGGAUGAGAGUGAACAGUCCAGGAAGAAACUAAUCGACCUGAGCCGCGAGUUCAAGAAGAGCACACCAGAGGAUUUCCGGAAACAGGUUGCCCCUUUGCUCAAGAGCUUCCAAGGAGAGAUCGAUGCCUUGAGUAAGAGAAGUAAAGAAGCAGAGGCCGCCUUCUUGAACGUGUACAAGAAAAUAAUCGAUGUCCCAGAUCCUGUACCUGUGCUGGAGCUGGCUCAGCAGCUGCAGCUGAAGCUCCAGAGGAUGCACGACAUUGAGACAGAGAACACCAAACUUCGAGAGACACUGGAGGACUACAACAAAGAGUUUGCAGAGGUCAAAAACCAAGAGGUGACCAUUAAGGCCUUGAAGGAAAAGAUCCGAGAGUACGAGCAGUCUCUGAAGAACCAAGCUGAGAACCUGGCCCAAGAGAAGCAGCUCCAGUUACACAACGACUAUGCAGAGAAGGAGAGGAAACUUCAGGAGAGCCAGGACUCCAUGUCCUCAAGGUUGGAAGAGGCCGAACACAAGGCCCAGUCCCUACAGACAGCACUUGAAACAACUCAGGCCGAACUCUUUGAUUUGAAGACCAAGUAUGACGAGGAAUCCACAGCAAAGGCCGACGAGAUUGAGAUGGUGAUGACCGACCUGGAGAGAGCCAAUCAGCGAGCUGAAGCAGCUCAGAGAGAGACGGAGUCGCUCAGGGAGCAGCUGUCCUUGAGUAACCAAUCCCAGCAGCUCGGCAGCCCGGCCAACGGCGACACCGACACGGAACAGCAGACGGAGGUGGCAUCCCACUCGAGUCUGGAGGCGGAGCUCAGGGCCAAAGAGAGGGAGACCGCCCAGCUGGUGGAGGACGUCCAGAGACUGCAGGCCAGCCUGACCAAACUCAGAGAGACUACCAGCUCCCAGAUCUCACAGCUGGAGCAGCAGCUCAGCAGCAAGACUGCCAUUCUCAAGGAACUGGAGGAGAAACUGCAGAAGCAAGCUGACUAUGAGGAGGUGAAGAAGGAAUUGAGUAUCCUUAAGUCUAUGGAGUUUGGAACAUCUGACUCUGUGCAGGACUCAUCCAAACCUCUGGAGGUGCUGUUGCUGGAGAGGAACCGCAGUCUUCAAUCUGAGAGCGCCGCUCUGCGCAUUGCCAACACUGAGCUCAGCGGCCGCUAUGCAGAGCUGCAGGUGGAGUUUUCAGCUGCAGUGAGGACCAGUGCUGAGCAGAAGGAGCUCAUCCUGAAGCUGGAACACGACCUGAGCACCAUCCAGUCCAUGUCCUCCCUCCAGCGCCCCGACGCGGACGGGUCGGAGGUCAGCAACAUGGAGAACAUCCCGGGGCCGAUCAAAGAGGCCUCUGCAAUGUUUGCUGGUUUAGGCGUGGGUCCCCAUUCUGAGCUUCCUCAGGGCCAGAUGGACUCUCUGCUCUCCAUCAUCUCCAGCCAGAGGGAGAGGUUUCGUUCUCGCAAUCAGGAGCUGGAAGCUGAGAACCGCUCCAUGCAGCAGACCAUGCAGGCGCUGCAGAAUGAACUGGACAGCCUGAGAGCAGACAACAUCAAACUCUAUGAGAAAAUCAAAUUCCUGCAGAGCUACCCUGGCAGAGCUGGCGGUAGUGACGACACUGUGAUGCGCUACUCCUCCCAGUACGAGGAGAGACUGGACCCAUUUGCUUCCUUCAGCAAGAAGGAGCGUCAGCGCCGAUACCUGAGCCUCAGCCCCUGGGAUAAGGCAACUCUGAGCCUCGGCCGAGUGAUUCUCUCCAACAAGAUGGCCAGGACUGUUGCUUUCUUCUACACCUUGUUCCUGCAUUGUCUGGUCUUCCUGGUGCUGUACAAGACGGCCUGGAGCGAGAGUAUCGGCAGAGAUUGCUCUGCUUUCUGCGCUAAAAAGUACUCUGACCACCUCCACCAGUUCCAUGAGAACGACCAAAACCUUUAAGCUGGUUCAACAUUCAGCAGCAUGCAUGGCCUGCAUAAAAGUUCCCCUAAUCAUGCUCCUCAUGAAGACGGAGCUUUACCUUUGUUUCUGCAGUAACUAAAAUCUCCACUAGGGGGCGCAGUAGGGCCAUAAACUGUAAAUCAAAAGGUUGAUAGAU